UAAAAUAAAAGUAUUCUAAAGGGGCCUAAUCGCAAAUACAAUAAUCUGUUUUAUCUCCAAUUCCCCCUCAUUGAUGUCUGAACAAUUUUCCUUCUCUUAUUAUAGUUGCACAAGCAAACUCAUUUCUUUCCUUUCCCUUCACUCUCUCUCUCUAAAAAAAUCUUCUCUCUAUAUCUCAGCCCAUCAAAAGAGGGAAAAAGGCGAUAACUUUAGGGGGAAAAAAUCAUGUCUUCCCCAAGCAAACGCCGAGAGAUGGACUUGAUGAAACUGAUGAUGAGUGAUUACAAGGUAGAGAUGAUCAAUGAUGGCAUGCAAGAGUUCUAUGUACAUUUCAAUGGACCUAGUGACAGUCCUUAUCAUGGAGGUGUGUGGAAGAUAAGGGUUGAACUUCCAGAUGCUUAUCCUUAUAAAUCUCCGUCGAUAGGCUUUAUUAAUAAGAUCUACCACCCAAAUGUUGACGAAAUGUCAGGCUCCGUGUGUUUAGAUGUUAUCAAUCAGACGUGGAGCCCUAUGUUUGAUCUGGUAAAUGUAUUUGAAGUGUUCCUUCCACAACUUCUGUUGUAUCCCAACCCGUCAGACCCGUUGAAUGGGGAGGCUGCUGCUCUCAUGAUGCGCGACCGAACUGCUUACGAUCAAAGAGUUAAAGAAUAUUGUGAGAAAUACGCCAAACCAGAAGAUGCAGGAGCUGCUCCAGAAGAGAAAUCAAGUGACGAGGAGAUGAGUGAAGACGAGUACGACUCCAGCGAUGAGGCGAUGGUGGGGCCCGUGGAUCCAUAGCGCCACCUCCGCCUCGUAAGAAUCUGUAUCUGUACAUUAUGUUUCAGUUUCUGUACCCAACUCUAAAAAGAAAAAAAAGAACAUUUAUUGGGGAGGGAGGAUGGAAAUAACAUCUCUGCCUGUUUUAUCUGUGACCUUUUGUAUCUCUGUAAAUAACUGUACUGUUGGUUUUAUGUUGAAAUUGUCUGAUGGUUGCUUGCCAUUCAAAA